AUGCUUAAUCUCAAUGAAGAAAGAAAACAUCUGAUGAUAUCGCUUUACCCAGAAGAUUCUGUGAAAAAAAUGCUGAAGUCAUUGGUUUUGAGAGCUCGUUCUACACAAAACAUUCUCAACCAUGUGCAAUUUAUUCAACAGCGAGGACUCCACAGUAGAAAUAAGAUGGCAAUGGAGUACAUUGCAAAAGGGUGGAAUGCACUGAAGGAGAUUGAUAGAGUGAUUGAUUAUUGUGAACCCAGAGAUAAACGACUCAUUCCUCACCUUAACACUGCAAAAGAUAAUUUUGAAAUGGCUCUGGAAGUUGAUAACUCAAACACCCAUGCCAGAUAUUGGUUAUCCAGAUUGCACCUUAAAUACCAUGUCCCUGGCCAAUGUAAAGCCAUAGGAGCUUCUUUAUUGGUGGAAGCUGCAAAUAUGGGUGAUGCAGAUGCUCAAUAUGAAUUGGGUCGUAAUUUAAGAAUCGAAAACAAGGGUGUUGACACGGAUCAAGAAGCUUUUUAUUAUUUGGAGAAGGCGGCAGACCAGUUGCAACCAGAUGCUCUAUACCUUCUGGGAGCUGUCUAUUUAACAGGUGACUGUGUUAAGAAAGAUGUUGCCUCAGCAAUAUGGUGUUUUCAUAGAGCUUCGGAAAAGGAUCAUGCUGGGGCAGCAAUUGCAUAUGGAUCCCUUCUUCUUAGAGGCUAUGAAGUUCCUACAUCUCUAACAAAAUUUAAUCUAAUAAAAAAUGGGAGGAAACUAAGGAAGAAAACAGGUGAAGCCAACAAGCCUAAUCCAAUCCAAUUGGCAAGAGAACAAUUUGAAAAUGCUGCAAGAUUAGGAAGUGAUCUUGGAUUCAGAUGGUUAAAAAGACUUGAGGAGGAAGAGAAGCGUCUCCUUGCUGCAUAAAAGAUAUGUACCUUAUGCAUAAACACUAGUACACACAUGUUUUGGAAUAAACAUAGUUAAUGAGAAGUAUCUAAAAUUUUAUAUUUUAUAUAAUCAUCAUUAACUAUUUGCACCGACUGGGU